UCUCCCUCUCCCGUUGCCUACAGUAAUGGAGCCUUCCAAAAUCUUUGGAGGCAAAGAAGAAUGCCAUAGCAGUGAAUCAGGGUGGACAAUGUACAUUGGAUCCCCCAUACAAGGUGGUGAUGACGACGACGAUGACAAUGGACACAGUGAAGCUGAUGAUGAUGCUUAUGCUGGUGGUCAUGCUGAUGAAACAUAUGCCAAUCACGAAGCUGACAGUGAUGAUUCCAUGGCUUCUGAUGCUUCUUCUGGUCCAAGCCAUCAAGGGGUUCAGUUUCAUGGAAAUAUGGAGGGAGGUCAUGGCACGUCCUAUUUCAAGCAUGACGAGGAUGAAGAGGAAGGCAACUGUUACUCGGACAAGAAAGCUAAGAAAUCAGUGGAGAAGCAAAAGCUUGGAAUGAAAAAGAAAGAAAAUAAAGAAGAGAAAGAACAGAUGACAUUCAAUGCAAAAGGAGCUACUACUUCUCGAAGUGGUUCCAAGGUAAGAAAAAGUAUGUGGCUGGGGAAAAGAAAGUAGAACUGGUUCUUUUUGUCCUUUCUUUCCCCCACUUUUCUGUUCUGUUGGGUGUUUUGCAGGGAAAACGUGUAUCAGCAUAAGAACCUAGCUAUCUAUAUCAUAUGUUUUUUGUUUUCAAAG